AGCAGCAGACGUCAGUUGAACAUGGCGUUGAGCUGGAGAGCUGUCACCAGUCUACAGAGGUAAACAACUGUUGCCACAGCUGCAGCAUUUCUCCGACAGUCAGCGCCGGAUUACCUGUGACUGCUGAAGCCAGCCUGACCACAUUAACCGUGUUUCUACCCUUUUCUGCCACUUUUGGGACUCAACGUACGCCGUCGAAAAGGGGCGGUAGCGCAGAGUUGACAGCUAACGUUUACCUGGAUUAUUCGACCACAGAAUGUUUGCCGAUCGUUUUAGCUAACUAUCGUCUACCUAACGUCUAUCUAACGUCUACCUACGCGGUUGGAGCUUGCUAGCCUCAGCUAUUUGGGUUAACCCCUCUUGCACUGAGAGCUAUUAGCCAGUCGAUAACAAUACAACAUGAUUCCGUGAACCGCUGCUCUUUAUUUUUCUUCACACGCAUCUCAGUUAAUACUGUCAGUUUAAACGUAACUACCUUGGCGUCAUAUGCCAAGUCCAUAUUGUUUUCACUCUCGGUUUGUGAAGCGUUAGCCACAAAACGUUAAGGAAAUGUCAGAUAAUCAGAGCUGGAACUCCUCCGGUUCCGAGGAAGAUUUAGAGCCAAGAGAGGAGUCUGGACAUCCUGUCAGUACCGGCCAGUUCAGUGGAGUCCUCAGCAAGUGGACAAACUAUAUCCACGGCUGGCAGGACCGUUGGGUGGUGCUGAAAAACAACACUCUGAGCUACUACAAGUCUCAGGACGAGACCGAGUAUGGCUGUCGAGGGUCCCUCUGCCUCAGUAAAGCUGUUAUUACUCUUCAUGCGUUUGAUGAAUGCCGGCUGGACAUAAGCGUAAACGACAGUGUGUGGUACCUAAGAGCACAAGACCCAGAGCACAGACACCAGUGGAUUGACUCCAUUGAGCUGCACAUGUCUGAUUCUGGAUAUGGCUCAGAGUCCAGUCUGCGGAGACAUGGCUCCAUGCUGUCUCUCACAUCAGCCACCAGUGGCUACUCUGCCACCUCCACAUCCUCCUUUAAGAAGGGUCACAGCCUGAGGGAGAAGCUGGCAGAGAUGGAGACCUUCAGAGAUAUUUUGUGCAGGCAGGUGGACACACUUCAGAAAUACUUUGAUAGCUGCUCAGAUGCCGUGUCCAAGGAUGAGCUGCAGAGAGAUAAAAUUGUGGAGGACGAUGAAGAUGACUUCCCCAACACCCGGCCUGAUGGAGACUUUCUGCACAACAACAAUGGCAGCAAAGAAAAAUUGUUCCAGUCAUUGACUCCCAAGGGAAUCAAUGGCAUAGACUUUAAGGGUGAAGCCAUCACAUUCAAGGCCACCACAGCUGGGAUCCUAGCCACUCUGUCCCACUGUAUCGACCUCAUGGUGAAGAGAGAGGACAGCUGGCAAAAGAGACUGGACAAGGAGAUGGAGAAGAGGCGAAGAAUAGAGGAAAGCUACAAAUCUGCCCUCAACGAGUUGAAGAAAAAGUCUCACUUUGGAGGUCCAGACUAUGAGGAGGGUCCAAACAGCCUCAUUAAUGAGGAUGAGUUUUUUGAUGCAGUUGAAGCUGCUCUCGACAGACAAGACAAAAUUGAGGAACAGUCUCAAACUGAGAAGACAAGGAUACAGAGGUCCAGCCCUGUUCCCCUUGGAGACGUCUACUCCAGCCCCGGCUCACACAGAUUCUCUGACAAGCCUCAUAGUCAGCCCUCCCCAGCUCUGAUAGUCAGUGCUCCUCAUGAUGUCCACAGAUUCAGCGCAGAGGUGGAGGAGAUGGUGCAGAGUCACAUGACCUACUCCCUGCAGGAUGUUGGUGGAGAUGCCAACUGGCAGCUGGUUGUAGAAGAGGGAGAAAUGAAGGUGUACAGGAGAGAGGUGGAGGAAAAUGGGAUUGUUUUGGACCCGCUGAAGGCCACCCAUUCAGUAAAGGGGGUGACUGGUCACGAGGUCUGCCACUACUUUUGGGACACCGCCUAUCGCAACGACUGGGAGACCACCAUUGAAAACUUCAAUGUUGUGGAGACAUUGUCGGAAAACGCAGCAAUUGUCUAUCAAGCCCACAAGCGGGUGUGGCCUGCGUCUCAGCGGGACGUCCUGUACCUGUCUGCCAUGAGAAAGAUCUUAGCCAACAACGAGAAUGACCCCGACACCUGGCUGGUCUGCAAUUUCUCUGUGGAUCAUGACGACGCUCAGCCGACCAACAAGUGUGUCCGAGCCAAAAUCAACAUCGCCAUGAUCUGUCAGACCCUGGUCAGUCCACCGGAGGGAGAUAAAGAAAUCAGCAGAGACAACAUCCUGUGUAAAAUCACCUAUGUGGCAAAUGUAAAUCCAGGAGGCUGGGCUCCCGCCUCCGUGCUCAGGGCCGUUGCCAAGAGAGAGUACCCCAAGUUCCUGAAGCGCUUCACCUCCUACGUCCAGGAAAAAACUGAAGACAAACCCAUCUUAUUCUAAAGCUCACAGUGUCGACACACACAAGGACAGAACUCCCCAUGAAGCUCUGAGGACCCAUUAUCUUCAGACUGACGCCUGCUCUGCCGCCAUGACGAGACAAGCACCUCACAGGGACUGUUUUCUUUCCCAGCUCUCGGCUACAAGUUAGUUCCAGUAGGGGAGGAAGGGUAAUAACGGCGCCCUCUGGUGGCUGCAAUCAAACACCUGCGAGACAACCCUAAACCCCUGAGAGACAGUCAUGAAAAAAAAAUUCUUGAUUUAAUUGAACCCAGACAGUGACAUCAUGAUUUAUCGUAAUCAUGUCAAGAGCAGUUACUGCUUGUUUUCUUCCCCUCAUUGUGGUUCAGUUGAUCAAAUACUAAAUUGCUGUUAUUCAAAAGGAUAUUGUUUGUCUCCAGAAUGAAUGCACCCAGCAGUGGGCCGGUCACCUUCCCUCCCCAGACGUUCCUGCAGCAGUUUAUUCCAUCUUUCAUGCUCAUGUAGACGAGUGACUUGUCAGAGUAGCCGUCAUGUCAGGUUGUGUCUAUUUUCUGACAAAUAUAUAUUAAUAUUUAAAUGUACGUAUGUUCUAUAAGAGGUUUGUAAAGAUAAACAAAAAGAUCUUCGCUAAUAGAUUGAAAUGUUUAGUUUCUAUUUUGUGUUGAUUUUUCAUAUUUUUCCUAAUUAGUUAUUUCCCAGCUUUCUUUUGAAGCUGCUAACUUUUGUGAGUAAAACAACAUGACUGAUUGAUUUGAGAUGAUUCUCAUCUUGUCUGUAUUAAGUCCAGAGGGCUGUCAUCAACACGUGACCCCUAUGAAAUAAGACUUGACCUCUGACUCCGUGUCUCUCAUGAAAACGCCUCGUCGGCGCUGAUGGAGAAACGAGCCGAAGAGUUUUUGGUAUAUAUAAUGUACAAAACAGAGUUCAUGUACAUGAUUUGCUUGGCUUUAUAUUUGUGUCAUUGUUAAUAUGUUCUCGUGUCAUAGCACAUCCUGUAUUUUGAAUGUUAAAUAAGUUGUAAAUAGUGUAGCUAACAUUUUCACUUAAGGUCUGCAAAGCAUUUUUGUGACUGAGUCGAGCCCAAAUGCCUUAGUUUAACAAGAAGAUGUAGCUUCAGAUGGGGAGAAGGUGCCGUUACUGCACCAAUAAAAUGACUAGUGAAGUGCCUCGUGGCUGAAUUCCCCAUAAUAUUGUAUUUUCUCCAUUUGGAGUCAAUUUAAAAUGUGUCCUACAAUACAUUUCCUGAGGGCUAGCAGGAUAUUUUUUACAAGUCCUACUGCUACAAAAACAUCAGAUUGAUUUAAAUUUAAUUGCAGUAUUGCCACCUCAACCUUCCUGUCAGUAUUUCUUGUUUGUUACAUGUGACGGUGACAGUACUGAAACCGUUCUGUUAACAUAGUCCAGUCAGGUCUUUGUAUUUUCUGUCUUAACAUGUUGACACAUGCAGGGCUGCAAAAUCCAGAGUUUAGUAAGUACUUGAGUUGAUAUUUAUAGGAACUCUUGCAGUAAAAAUCCAUAGUUCUAUAGUUCACAUUUUAAAUGAACUAUACAACUAUGCAGUUGAUUUUUAUAGUAACUAUGUACUUACAGGAAGUUUCAUGUGCUCAUCCUAAUAAAUUUCAAUGUUUUUCUGUAAGAGUAAAACCCAAAUCUGGACCUUUUUAUAAGAUGAAAAAAGUCAAAACACAAAAUGUUGUUUCCUGGGUUAUAAUCAAUGACAGUAGAUUUGUAGCUGUGUCACCUGCUUCACUCUUAAGGCUUUUGAUUUUAGAGCUUCUAGCUGAGGAAUGUGGGUGAGAGACAGUGAAGCCAGAUGAAACUCGACCUUUCAGCUAAGUGACGCCCGGCUGAAGCUCUUUCACCCAAACGCAGACGUUUCUAACAGCAAGUUUAGCAGGUUGUUCAAGCUGAAUGUAAUCAGAAAUGCAUUUUCGUAAAUAAUUGGUUCGUACUAAUGUACUGUGACACUGGCACUUCUGCCCUGUUUUAAAAGAGAAAUAAAUAAGUCUAUC